GCACGCCGAAUCCACGUCCAACGUGCACAAGCGGAACCUCUCCAGGAGACCCUGCGCCGCGUGCCAGCUCUGCUCCGUGGGCUUCGACGCCCCGCUGUCGCAGGCCGGCCUGUUGCAGCUGGAGGAGGUCAGGCCCGCGUGCCAGAGGCUGCUGCCGGAGCUGGAGGCGAUCUUCCACUCGCCGCUGCAGAGGGCCCGGCAGACAGCUCAAUGUACCUUCGGCGCAGAGAACGGGCCCGGGGACUUCUCUGGCGGGGAGCCGCAGUCGCCGGUCCCUUGGGUGCCACUCCUGUGCCUGAAGGAGGAGCAGUUCGAGGAGCAUAUACAGGAACCUGGCUGCAAUGUUUUCGGCGGCCACCGUAUGAGGGAGGGCGUGGUCACCAACUCGGACAAGUUUCGAAG